CCCGUCCCCGGCAGUAAACCGCGCAGCAAGCUAGGCUGCGCUCUUGUUUCCACGUCAGUGAGAGAGAAGCGAAGAGAGGAGAGGAGCCGGUUCCAGCCGUUCCUCGGGGCGGCUGCCUUUCUCGGAGCUAGCGGGCUUCCCGGAGCGGGCCGCCGCCGGUCCGGCUCCCCGGCAAUGCCGAGAGGCCCUCAGACGCCUCAACAACUGCCCUCAGGCGCCGCCAUUUUGGAUGCCGGUUGGAUGGAGGGGUCUGUCAGGAUUGUGGAUAAGAACAUUUAUAUUAUUCAAGGUGAAAUCAAUACAGUAGUAGGAGCCAUAAAACGCAGUGCAAGAUGGAGUACUCAUACACAUUUGGAUGAAGACCGUGAUCCUCUUUUGCACAGCUUCAGUGUCUUGAAAGAAGUGCUGAAUAACAUAACUGAGCUUCCAGCCAUUGAGCCUAUUGUCUUCCUUCGACCUUUUCUGGAAGUUAUUCGUUCGGAAGAUACUACAGGCCCCAUCACUGGAUUGGCCUUGACAUCUGUAAAUAAGUUCCUCUCAUAUGCACUAAUAGAUUCUAACCAUGAGGGCACAGCUGAGGGAAUGGAGAACAUGGCAGAUGCUGUCACACAUGCCCGGUUUGUGGGCACAGACCCUGCAAGUGAUGAAGUUGUCCUGAUGAAGAUCUUGCAGGUCCUGAGGACUCUUCUCCUGACUCCGGUUGGAGCUCAUCUCACCAAUGAGUCAGUCUGUGAAAUCAUGCAGUCUUGCUUCCGUAUUUGCUUUGAGAUGAGACUUAGUGAGUUAUUGAGAAAAUCUGCAGAGCACACUCUGGUCGACAUGGUGCAGCUGCUCUUCACAAGAUUACCUCACUUUAAAGAAGAGCCUAAGAGCUACAUAGGGACUAACUUAAAGAAGAUUUCUCCAUAUCUCCUCAGCAGACUGGAACUAUGUAAUGGGGAACAGUCCAAAGCCCUGAACCAGUUAGAGAGAGUACUACUCUUUAAGAAACUGAAGUUGAAAAUGCGAGCAGGGGGAAUGAGUGACUCAUCAAAGUGGAAAAAGCAGAAGAGAUCACCACGGAACUCUUGCCAUGUAGCCAAAGUAUCUCAAGGAACAGAGCAGCUUGCUGCCAAUGGUACAGGUGGAGUUAAUUUCAUUGAUGUACCGUCUCCCGUCUCAUCUGGAAGUUCAGAAAAUGCAUCUACUACAGUCAGCCCUUCCACUGACAGUGGCUUAGACAGCUCCUCUCAGAUCAGCUCUAAGGAAGAUCUUACGGACUUGCAGUUGGUCAACCCUUUAGGAAUCAGUACAUCAGUUCCUUUAACUGAGUCUAGAGCUAGAGAGCAGCUAGAGACCCAGAAUGAAUGCCCCCAGGAAGAAAAGACGCAAUCUGCCUCAGUGGAGUCUAUCCCAGAAGUUCUGGAGGAGUGUACAUCUGUAGCUGAACACUCAGACUCUGCUUCUGUUCAUGACAUGGACUAUGUCAAUCCCCGGGGAGUGAGGUUUACCCAGUCCUCUCAGAAAGAAGGUACAGCUUUAGUACCCUAUGGGUUGCCCUGUAUCCGGGAACUACUCCGCUUCCUCAUCUCUCUCACUAACCCACAUGAUCGCCACAACUCAGAAGUGAUGAUCCACAUGGGGUUGCAGCUGCUCACUGUUGCCCUGGAAUUGACCUCUGUUGCAAACUGUCCAUCUCUCCUAGGACUGGUGAAAGAAGAAUUAUGUAGAUAUCUCUUUCAAUUACUGAACGUGGAGCGACUCAAUCUGUAUUCAGCUUCACUUAGACUUUGCUUCCUCCUCUUUGAGAGUAUGAGAGAACACCUGAAAUUCCAACUGGAGAUGUACAUAAAGAAGCUGAUGGAAAUUAUCACAGUGGAAAACCCCAAGAUGCCCUAUGAGAUGAAGGAGAUGGCCCUGGAGGCCAUAGUUCAACUCUGGAGGAUUCCUAGUUUUGUCACUGAGCUGUACAUAAAUUACGACUGUGACUAUUACUGUGCUAACCUUUUUGAAGACCUCACCAAACUGCUAUCCAAGAAUGCCUUUCCUGUUUCUGGACAACUGUACACUACUCACCUGCUGUCCCUUGAAGCAUUACUGACAGUGAUAGAUAGUACAGAAGCACAAUGCCAAGCCAAAGUGCUCAGCAGCAUCUACCAGCAGGAGAAGGAAGCACUAAAACCAAGUACAGAAACUCCCUGUAACAUCAAAGAAACAACCCAUAUUGUCGAGGGGCUGCUGACAGAUGGCAAAUCACCCAGUGCAGAAUUGCCAGACACUAAUGGCUGCUUGACAGCUAGCCACAUGAAGCAGCAAGACAGUCUGAAUUUGGAGCUGGGAAAUAACACAGCAGAAAAGACCAUUCCAAAGAAGCCUACUCGCUUUUCCUGCGGCCUACCCACAACACACGAAUUGAUAAUGAUUAAGAGCAAAAAGAAGCUCUUGAUAAGUGGUUCAGAGCAGUUCAAUCAAAAGCCAAAGAAAGGGAUACAGUUUCUUCAGGAGAAGAACCUCUUGGCUACCCCUAUGGAUAAUAAUGAAGUAGCAAAGUGGCUGAGAGAGAAUCCUCGACUGGACAAGAAAAUGAUUGGAGAAUUUGUGAGUGACCGGAAGAAUGUAGACUUGCUGGAAAGUUUUGUGGGGACUUUUGGUUUUCAAGGCUUGCGAUUAGACGAAGCACUGCGACUCUACUUAGAAGCUUUCAGGUUGCCAGGAGAGGCUCCUGUAAUCCAUAGGCUGUUGGAAGUCUUUACAGAACAUUGGCGCAAAUCGAAUGGGUCUCCGUUUGCCAAUAGUGAUGCUUGUUUUGCCCUUGCCUAUGCAGUUAUCAUGCUGAAUACUGACCAACACAAUCAUAAUGUUCGCAAGCAGAGUGUACCUAUGACUCUAGAGGAAUUCCGAAAAAAUCUGAAAGGGGUAAAUGGAGGCAAAGACUUUGAGCAGGACAUGCUGGAGGACAUGUACCAUGCCAUCAAAAAUGAAGAGAUUGUGAUGCCAGAGGAACAGACGGGCCUAGUAAAGGAAAACUACGUAUGGAGUGUGCUGCUGCAUCGUGGAGUCACUGAUGAAGGAAUCUUUCUGCAUGUCCCACGUGGUAGCUAUGAUCACGACCUCUUUGCCAUGACCUGGGGGCCCACUGUGGCAGCUCUGUCCUAUGUUUUUGACAAGAGCCUGGAUGAAACGAUCAUUCAGAAGGCUAUCUCUGGUUUCAGAAAAUGUGCCAUGAUUUCCGCCCAUUAUGGCCUCAGCGAUGUUUUUGACAACCUCAUAAUUUCUCUCUGCAAGUUCACAGCUCUGAGCAGUGAGUCCAUUGAGAAUCUGCCUACAGUUUUUGGAAGCAAUCCCAAAGCUCAUAUUGCGGCAAAGACUGUGUUCCACUUGGCUCAUCGCCAUGGUGACAUUUUGCGAGAGGGCUGGAAAAACAUCAUGGAGGCCAUGCUACAACUUUUCAGAGCAGAGUUGUUGCCAAAGACCAUGGUGGAGGUUGAAGACUUUGUAGAUCCCAAUGGCAAGAUCUCUCUGCAACGCGAGGAGACACCUUCCAACCGUGGUGAGUCCACAAUGCUGAGUUUCGUUAGUUGGUUGACACUCAGUGGCACAGAGCAAUCUGGUAUGAGGGGACCAUCUACGGAGAACCAGGAGGCAAAGAGAAUGGCCCUGGAGUGUAUAAAGCAAUGUGACCCAGAGAAGUUGAUAACUGAAAGCAAGUUUCUGCAACUGGAGUCCCUGCAGGAGCUAAUGAAGGCUCUCAUCUCUGUGACUCCUGAUGAGGAAACAUAUGAUGAGGAGGACUGUGCUUUCUGCUUGGAGAUGCUUCUGAGGAUUGUGCUGGAGAACAGGGACCGUGUAGCCUUUGUAUGGCAGGCAGUGCGAGACCACCUCUACCACUUGUGUGUUAAUGCUGUGGAGUAUUGCUUCCUAGUUGAGAGAGCAGUGGUGGGGCUGUUGCGGCUGGCAAUCCGUCUUUUGCGCAGAGAGGAGAUCAGUGCCCAGGUGCUGCUCUCCUUGCGUAUCUUGCUCAUGAUGAAGCCCAGCAUGCUGAACAGGGCCAGUCAUCAGAUUGCAUAUGGUCUUCAUGAGCUUCUCAAGACCAAUGCUGCCAACAUCCAUUCUGGAGAUGACUGGUACACACUCUUUAGCCUCCUGGAGUGCAUCGGAUCAGGGGUGAAACCACCCCCAGCGCUGCAGGCUACAGCAAGAGCAGAGAAUGACACAGGGGCUCAGUCAGACAGUGAGAUCUAUCACCCAAAUGAAGCCAGCCUAGAUCGUGGCUACACUUCUGAUUCAGAGGUGUAUGCAGAUCACAGCAAGCAAGGCAAAAUGCAUCGUUCGGUGACUGAUGUGGAUGUGAUGAACAGCGGCUGGCUUGUGGUUGGGAAGGAUGACCUUGACAGCCCAAAGGCCAUGGUUGGACUCUCCAAACUGGGCAGUUCACCCUUGGUGAAUCAGUACAGCCUGACUGUGGGGAUGGACCUGGGCCCACACAAUACCAAGUCGCUCAUGAAGUGUGUUGAGUCCUUGUCUUUCAUUGUGCGAGAUGCUGCCCAUGUCACACCUGAAAACUUUGAGCUCUGUGUCAAAACUAUCCGCAUCUUUGUAGAGGCCAGUCUAAAUGGAGGGUGCAAGUCCCAGGAAAAGCGAGGGAAGAGCCACAAGUAUGACCCCAAAUCGACCCGUUUCAAGAAGAAAGCAAAGGAGAGUUCUCUGAGGCACUUGAGGGCAUCUAGCCAGCAUCAGCACCGCUCAGCCAGUGAUGAGGAUGAUGAGGAUGAGAGCAUCCCUGCCAGUUACCACACUGUGUCUUUACAGGUUAGUCAGGACCUGCUGGACCUGAUGCACACCCUUCACACACGAGCUGCCACCAUCUAUAGCUCUUGGGCUGAAGAGCAGCACCAUCUGGAGGCUGCGGGAAAGAAAAUUGAAGCAGACUCUCAGACAUUAUGGGCCAAUUGCUGGUGCCCAUUACUGCAAGGUAUUGCCUGCCUGUGUUGUGAUGCAAGGCGACAGGUGCGGAUGCAGGCACUGACCUACCUGCAGCGGGCUCUCCUUGUACAUGACCUGCAGGCUCUGGAUGCCUUAGAGUGGGAAUCCUGUUUCAAUAAGGUGCUGUUUCCUCUGCUGACCAAACUCCUAGAAAAUAUCAGCCCUGCGGACGUCGGUGGAAUGGAGGAGACCAGAAUGAGAGCCUCUACUCUCCUCUCCAAGGUCUUUCUGCAGCACUUGUCUCCGCUGCUCUCCCUCCCAACCUUUGCUGCACUAUGGCUGACAAUUCUGGAUUUCAUGGACAAAUACAUGCAUUCUGGGUCCAGUGACUUGUUGCCAGAGGCCAUCCCUGAAUCACUGAAAAAUAUGCUGCUAGUAAUGGACACGGCUGGAAUAUUCCACAGUGCUGACUCACGAACAGGUUACUCUGAUCUCUGGGAGAUCACCUGGGAACGCAUAGAUUGCUUUUUGCCAAAACUGCGGGAUGAGCUCUUCAAACAGACAGUCAUCCAAGACCCAGUUCCUACCUUACCAAUAGAGAUGCAUCCUCCCAAACCAACAGUAUCUUCCCUGCCACAUUCCCCUGGAGGGGAUACAAAGACUGCCACCCAUUCAGCACCCUCUGAGAAGUCUCCUGAGCUGGCAGCUAUUGCAGACCCUGAGACGGCUUCAGUUCCAAGCAGUUCCAGUCUCUCUGGACCACAGUUCCACCUUCCAGCAGCAGCACCUGUGAAAGUGAGCUCGGCGAAAGAUGCACCUCAAGCGGUGGCACAGCAACCUCUUAUUCUUCAGCCUCUGGCCUCCCCCUUACAGGUGGGAGUGCCACCUAUGACUCUACCUAUUAUUCUGAACCCAGCCCUCAUAGAGGCCACCUCUCCUGUGCCUCUUCUGGCCUCUCAGCGGCCGACUGACCCCAUGACAGCUUCUGAAGUCAACUGAGGAGAGGAGUAAAGAGGACAGUUGGCUGUAAGGGGUGAUGGUGGUACAGGAUGCUCUGUCUGGUAGAAGCCAUGGUUGCUGUAGGGAAGCCCCUAGCAGAAUUGUGGAAGGCCACCUUGCAAUGUGGCUGUCUUCCCCAGUGGACCUAAGGCCAAAAUUUCCAUCCCAACCCAUCUGUUCCAUGGCCCUUGGCUCCUUUUGUGCAGAGGCAAUCUCUGUGUGGAUGAUGGCCAGCUUCUCUUUAGAGUUAGGGGGCAGCAGUCAGUUUUUCAGCACACACCUUCUGCUGCCUGUGAUCUAAAAGAAAAGAAAGAAGGUAGGCGUUUCCUUCAGAGUGGAGCAGAGGAGCCAGAUUCCCUAGGAAAUUAAGCAGAGACUUAAUUAUGGAUAUUUGCUUGCCUAUAUUCUUUGGCAUUGACUUGAGAAUAUGACUUUUCCUAUCGCCACUCUUUGGCUUGACUCUUCAGGGUACUCUUCAGCUACUCUGCUGGGUAGCGAGAGCUGGGGGAAAAAAAUAUCUGCCCACUGGACAAGACCAGAGAAUGUGGGAAAGGAAGCAGAGGCCUGGGCCCAGGACAGGGAGGGGGAACCCCUGCCGUGCUGAGCGAGCCGUACUAUCUUGACUAAGUCUUGUACUGGAAGCUCUCCUCCUUUCAGUUAAAUCUCACUGGGUGCCCUCCAGGCCUACUUUGCUUGCACUCACGAUCACUUUGCAAGAUAACUGGACUCGGGCGAUUAGUGCCCAAUAAGGUGAGAGGCUUCUGGGAGCGGGCAGGAAUUGGCCUCUACCAUACAUGAUGUUAUAACUCAUUUGGGAACAGGCUGCUAAAUUUUCCUUCUGAUCCCUGCUAGCGUUUGCUUUCACUUUAGGAGGAUGCCCUUAACCCCUCCUGCACCUCUGGCCUCUUAGCACAAAAGCAGAGUGAAAUGUGUCUCAUCUAGUGCUUCCUUCCUCUCAUGCAUUAGGCUAAAAUUCUCCACAUUUAUUGCAGAAUCCCAUUGGGAACUGAAGCCAGUGUCUACUGUGUGGAACGGCAGGUGACUGUGUGUGUGUAUAUAUAUAUAAGGAGUCUAUUGACUUUUUACAGUGGAAUAAAUAUGACCUGUAAAUGAAUUAUUUUGGCUUAGCAGUUA